CGGUGUCCAUGUCCUCAUUUUAGUGACAGGUUCCGGGUUAUAUUUGCUGGUGGUUAAUAAAUGCAGAGUAAAUACAGAUUACAUGCAGAUACUUACAUUAAACAGCCUGCAAAUCCUUUAUAUGGAGACUUUCUGAGCAGUCCCUUACAGAGCAGACUUUUCCUGUUUGGCUUUCUAUCACACUUUACCCUCACUGGAUGCUGCUGAGCUGGACCUUCAAGAGUCUCCUUCAACCAACCAGUCUGAGGACGUGGUUAGCACGGCGCGGUGUAAUGGAUCUUUGUGCAGUGGUCUCUCAUCUGAAUGCAUUUGCUCCCCCAGCUUUGGCGGAGAGCUGGGAUAAUGUAGGUCUCUUGGUGGAACCCAGCCCUCCACACAUGGUCCAGAAACUCCUGCUGACCAAUGACCUGACGGAAGAUGUGCUGGAGGAGGCGGUGGGAAUGGGUGCUGAAAUGGUCCUGUCCUAUCACCCUCCCAUAUUCAAGGCUCUGAAGCGCCUCACUUGUGGGAACUGGAAGGAGAGGUUGAUGGUGAAGGCCCUGGAGAAACGGAUAGCCAUCUACUCUCCCCACACUGCCUAUGAUGCCCUCUCCAAUGGAGUUAAUGACUGGCUCGGGAGAGCAACUGGACCAUGUGUAUCAUUACCUCUGCGCGCCUCCUCGUCGCUGUCCUACCCUGGAGGAAAUGCCCACGUCUUGGAGUUCAGCUGUGGCCUCUCUGAGAGUGUAUUAUCCAGAGUAAAAUCCCUGCAGGGGGCUUGUCUGCGCACCUUUCAAGUCAGCGAGGAGGGAGAGAAUAGAACCCGCGUCCGUCUCAGCUGCUCCCAGAAGGCUUUACAGCAGACUCUAGCAAUCCUAGCUGAAGAUCCAUGUGUGUAUAGAAGUGUGGAGCUCCUCACCCUGCAGAAGCCCCCUCUUCUGGACACUGGGAUGGGUCGUCUUUGCACGCUGACUGAACCAGUUUCCUUAGCAACUGCACUUGAACGCAUUAAAACUCACGUGGGCUUAAAUCACCUGCGCCUGGGCAUUGGAAGGGGCAAAACCUUGGAAUCCUCAGUGAGCACGGUAGCUGUUUGUGCCGGAUCAGGGAGCAGCGUUCUGAGUGGAGUCCCUGCAGAUCUCUAUCUAACGGGUGAGAUGUCCCAUCACGAUGUCCUGGAUGCGGUGGCUGAAGGACGAAGCGUUGUUUUGUGUGAGCACAGUAACUCUGAGCGGGGAUAUCUGAAGGAGCUGCGGGUUCAGCUCGAGGAACGACUGGAAGGGAAAGUGCAGGUUGUGGUGUCCCAAACUGACAGAGACCCCCUGCAGGUGGUUUAAAGGGCGAGACUGAGAGAAUCCAAUAAAAUGCACUGUGUA